GAAACCAUCCUGACAAUCCUUUCCAACUCACUCCCUAUACAGCCUCGAGCAGGUCUCUGAUCAGCAUCAUUCCUUUGCUGCUAGAACCAUUGUCGACGUAUACACCUCUACAGGACCCAUCCUUUUCUUGUCCAUACCAACCAUCAGUCUAACCAGGCUCGACUAUCCUUCUACAACAGGAACUUCAACCAACCAACAAUCAAAAUGCAAUUCAAGAACAUUGUCGCUGGCGCAGCCGUGCUGCUUGCCUCUGCUCAAACCACCUUGGCCCUUGGUACCGCUUCCGUCGUCAACAACUGCGGUUUCCCCAUCUACUAUUCGUCUGUCGGAGGUAGUUCCAACCCAACUAUGGCCGAACUCCAGGGCAGCUACUCCGAGGGAUACGGCAGUGAGGGCACCGGUAUCUCGAUCAAGCUCUCGCCCAAUGCCACUACCAACGGACCCGUCUCCCAGUUCGAGUUCACCUGGGCCAACGGCAAGAUCUCGUACGAUCUCUCAAACAUCGAUGGCUACCCCUUCUCAGCUGGCGGUAUGGUGAUUGUCCCAUCCAUGCAGAACGACCCCAACAACCCGACCUGCGUUCCUGUUGACUGCCCUGCUGGCGAAGCUACCUGCACUGCUGCCUACAACGCCCCUGACGACACCCGUACCAUGGUCUGCGAUCAGGACUCUGACCUCGUCCUGACCAUGUGCCCAGGCGGAUCAUCCAAGCGGAGUGUCUCCGUCGAGGGAGGACACACCCACUAUCGUGUCCACGCCCGUCAUUUCGCCUAAACGCGGCGACCAUGAUCAGCUCAUACGACAAACAUGAAGCUCAGGCAUGAGCCUGCCGACCAGAUUCAAUCUCCGUAGUCCUAUUGGCGCAGCUAGUUCUGCCGCCUUCCGCCUAUGCUGCCUGCAAAUACACUCUCUUACGGCAUCAUCCAUGAGUCGACACUUGGAUAUGUCAUCACCCUUGCAGGUAGUGCCCGGUCUCGACGACCACCACCACUCAUUCAACCAUCUUUCUCAUGCGGAGAUUCAUUCAGGUCCGGCAAGUUCAUUGCUUGGCUAUGACACGAACAACUAUCACGAAAACAAACACAUCAUUGAUGACUCGACAUGAUGAAGCAAAGGCGAUCGCGGAGCAAAUGGAUCCACCCACAUGCUCAGGGAAAAGGUUUUUGGGCAUGCGGCGUACUUUUUCUUGUCCUGGCCUACCUUUUUGAUCUUAUCGACAUGUCUCUGGUGCUUCUCUUGGAGACCAUUGCGUGUGCAGAUGGUGGGGAGGUGACCACUUUUUCACUUCUACUUCCAGCAGGACAGACCUCGUAUGAUCCUUGCGGGGGAAAAAUUGCAAACACGAACUGUUUAUAGACUUCGAUUCUUGUGAGACCAGUACACCUAGGGUGUUUUUUUGAGUAUAGAAAAAGAAAAUCUUUGAAAAACA